AUGUCAACGAACCGUCCGUUGCAGGUAGUCAAUUCGCGUGACAGGAGCACAGAUUUAAGUGGAAUUUUUGCUGAAUACAUACUUGGAAAGCGUUUCUUCAGCUGGGAUGAAUUUGAGAAGUCAUUAGCAGAAUUUCAAAAAUUAUCCUACACUCACUAUGUUCAUAAUUGCAGCAAAACGAUGCCGGAUGCCAGGUUUAAGUACGCUUAUGUUGGUUUUAGAUGCACUUUUGGAGUGAAUCGUACAAGACGUGGAUUGAAAUUGAAAAACAAGUCGUCUAAAUGUUGCAAUUGCUCGUCUUCAUUUCGCGUGGUUUUGCAUCAUAGUGAAUACAUAAUUGCUUCCCACAAUAUGGUGCAUAACCAUCCAUGCAGCAGGGUGUACAUGCAGAAUGACCCAUGGUAUAGACGACUAACAGUUGAAGAGAAAGAAAAUAUUGAACCACUUCUUCAGCAAUCCCACUCAUCCGAUGAAAUAAUAAUGCAUGUUAAGGAGAAGUACAACAAGGAUAUAACUCGCAUUGACGUUAAAAAUAUGAAAGCCGCAGUGAAUAAAGGUAACGUUGACGUACUUGUUACAUACUUAAGGUAUUUCGAGUCGUCGUGACAUUUUUGAAUUCCUAAAAUCCCGUGGGAAGUUAAUGGAGUAUUAUUCCGAUGAACCGAUCAGGAAUUCACUAACAAGAAUUUGUUUUGCAACUUAUGAGCAAAUGGAAUUGUAUAAACAGUUCCCUGAAGUUGUUGGUAUUGAUUCGACGUAUAAUACAAAUAAAGGGAAGUAAGUUUACCAAUUCAUUAAUCAACGUGCAGGUAUUCUUUGUUCCAGCUACUUGUGACGGAUAAUUUUGGUCGUGGACGACCAGUUUUAUUUGCGUGGACUAGAAAAGAAUUCAAACGAGAUGUAGUUUGGAUAUUAGACUGUUUCCGGCAAAUAAUGGAAGACACCUCGAAAACAGAAUCCUUCAUUAUGGAUUGUGCGCAGGCUGAAAUAGCAGCCGUCAAGUU